UUUCCCAGUGAGAUACACGAGGUCCAUGAAAUCCACUGAUGGCAGAUCUGUGGUUAAUGAAUGCCCCAAAGUUGCCAAAUGCCCUCUCUUUAUCAGUAGCCUGAUUCAGUCCUCCUUAAAGAGUCUCAUUAACUUCAGUGGACCUUGGAUUGGGCUUCAAAACAGGAACAGACCUCUUAUUUCAGGUGUCUCCGCUACUUAGGACUCUGUCCUACUCCCAUUUUUUUUUCAGUGGGAGUUUUGCCAUUGACUUGAAUGGAGCAGGGUUGGAGCCUUGGGGAGCAUCAGAAGGUUCUGGUAGGGUUUCUUUAAACAUAGUUUUAGCUCUUCUUAAAUGACUGAUAGGUUCUGUUUUUGCUGAUUUUGCCUUUUCUUAAUUACCAGAACAAUUAUGUUUAAAAAAUUUGCAGAGAGAGUUAAAUUUUGCAUCAAUUGACCUUGACGUGAUGCUCCUUUAAUGUUUUUAGGGCUCAAAAAUUAACCAAAAGAUUUAUGUAAAUUUUGUCUUUCUGAUCUCUCCAUUCUGGCUUUUUUGUUUUUUGUUCUAUCAUGACCUACUACUUACUUGGUUCUCCAGUUAUAAUAUUUCAACACUUGGGUUUUUUUCAGCCUUCAGUAGAGAAGAAAAAGUAUUUCCUCUUUGGGAUCCUGUGUGGACUCUCCCUGUUCAACAGGAUCAUUGCCUUCAUCCCUUUCCCACUCGCUAUUUUUAAGAAACUUCUGGAUAAGAAGCCUUCACUCGAAGAUUUGAAGGAGCUGAGUCCUGUGGUAGGAAAGAGUUUGCAGGCAGUUCUAGAUUAUGAGUAUGAUGAUAUUGAAGAGAAUCUUCAGAUACAUUAUUGUGUGUCGUGGAACAACAUCGAAGUAGACCUGAUUCCAGAUGGCAGUUCAAUAGCUGUGAACAACAAAAACAAGAAGGACUUUGUCAACAAGUAUGUGGAUUACAUCUUCAACAAAUCUGUGGAGGUGAUUUAUGAGGAGUUCAAGAGGGGAUUUUAUAAAGUCCUGGACAGAGAGAUACUUAGAUUCUUCCAGCCUCAAGAACUGAUGGAGGUGGCAAUUGGAAACGCUAAUUAUGACUGGAACAAAUUUGAAAAGAAUGCAGUCUAUUGGGGAAUGUAUACUCCAUCACACCCCACCAUCAAAAUGUUCUGGAAGGUUUUCCACGAGCUCACAGUGGCACAGAAGAAGGGUUUUCUCUUGUUUCUCACAGGAAGUGACCGGAUCCCUGUAAUGGGAAUGGACUGUAUAAAGAUAAAAUUCAACCCACAUAUGACUAUGUCUGAAGAUCACAUCCCUGAAGCACAGACCUGCUAUCACAUCCUGAUCCUCCCACAGUAUUCUACAAUAGAAAAACUCCGGGAAAAGCUGCUUCUAGCGAUCGAUAACAAUCGGGGGUUUGGCAAAAACUGAGUUACAAAUAUGCACAACAUGCAUCAGAAACAGAAAUGCUGCCUAUUCUCUUGAUCCUGGAUUCCUUCCUCCAAAAUUCCUAUUGGAAUCAGGCUAGUAGUACAGUCUCUUCCUGAUACAGUAGAAAAACUUUGGAAUAAUGUAAACACCACUUACAAAAAUGGGUUUGUUUGUUUUUGUGUUAAGUCUUCAGUGGCAGUUCCCAAACACCCUUGUUCAGGAGUGUCAGGAUUAUUUAGGGUCUCACUAAUGUGAAGAUACAGAUUAAACCCAAAUAAUAUCUAUAUAAAUUUAAUAGUUUGACUAAGCCUCAGCCAAGCAGAAAAAUGUAGAGCAUAACCUAAAAUAGGGUUUAUAACAGAAACUGUGGCAUGCUCUAAUGCUAAUCUAAAACUGUAGUGCUAUAGGAUGAGAAUUUAACUGCCAUAUAUUGAAAGCAUCUAACCAACAAACUAUAUUAAAUUACUGCUAUAUCACUUAAAUCUCACAUUAAAAAAAUACUCUGACCAUUCAGUGUAUACAUUUUGUAUUGGAAACUCCAUAAAAUAUUGUCGAGAAGUAUGUGGGAAGAAUAGAGAGUAGUUGUAUAUGUUACAAUCAAGUAUUAUUAACCCUGCAUUGUAUUAAAAGACAACUUCAAAAAAUAUAUAUAAAAUAUGAGUGUCAAAGGAAUUAUUUUCUUAGUUUUCAACCUAAUACAAAAUUAUAGUCUGUCUACUGCACCCAGCAGAUCAAACAGCGAGUUCCAGUUUUUAACCUUAACUUUAGUUGUUUGUCAAAUUUCACUAGCUUCAUGACAGCUCUGCCAGUUAUUGAAGCAAUUUUGACCUACUUUUUUUUUUGGUAGCAUCUUAAGGGUCAAAAUUGCCUGGCCUCAUUUUGAUGUUAGCAAGUUGCAAACACUAUUCAAUACAAUGCAGUAAAAGUGACAUUGCAUGUAAAAAGAACAGGAGUACUUGUGGCACCUUGGAGACUAACCAAUUUAUUUCAGCAUGAGCUUUCGUGGGCUACAGCUCACUUCAUUGCAUGUAAAUUAUUCUGACCUAUUUGGUGGUUGGGUGAGCAGGGUGAAAAGAAUGUUAAUGAAGAAAAUACAUUUGAUGGGAUAAAGUUCUGUAAUAUUUGUGCAGUAAUGAUGUUUCUACUGUAUUUAGAUAAAGACAACGUAAACUUUUAGGUCCACAUUAUAUCACUGAUGUUUAAGUAGAAUGCCCCAUUGAAAUCAAUGAGAUCUACUUAGGAAGCAAUUGCGUUACAUGGCCUUUUUUUUUCUUGGUAUUUAGCAGCACAGAAGUCUGAUUUCCUUGGCCUGACUGCUAGUUGCAUGUAGUUUGCUAAUGAAAGUCACGUCAAAUAAAAUUGUAACCCGCUUUUAUUUCC